AUGAGUAAAGUUGCAUUAAUUAGUGUGAUGAUGGCUUGCAUGUUAAUAUCAAGCUGUCAUGGUAAAGCAACUUUGACAUGUGAACAAGUAACUGUAUGGUUAACUCCAUGCAUACCCUAUGGAACAUUGGGAGGAAGUGUUUUACCUUUGUGUUGCCAAGGUAUUCACUCUUUGAAUGCUGCUUAUAAGAAUGGUGAUGAUAGAAGAGUUGCUUGUCACUGUGUUCAAGAUAGGGCUGCGUUAAUUCCUUUGAUUAAUUAUACUCGUAUUAAUCAAAUUGGUGAACUUUGUGGAUCUAAAUGUCCCUUUAAAGUUUACCCUUCUACUAAUUGCGACAAGGUUAAAUAA